CGUGUAUUACAUUCGAGACCGGUUACUAACAAUUUACUGAAAAUGGAUCUUGUGGUCAAGAAGUUUUCGAGCGAGUAUAUAAGUAAAACACCCAGAAAGCUUAAACUGGUAGAUAUAUAUUUGGGAUAUGUGCUCCUUACUGGUAUUAUACAAUUCGCAUAUUGUUGUUUGGUCGGAACCUUUCCAUUCAACUCUUUCCUCUCUGGAUUUAUAAGCACCGUUUGUUGUUUUGUGCUGGGCGUAUGUGUAAGACUUCAAGCAAAUCCUCAGAACAAGGCCGUGUUUGCUGGCAUAUCUCCGGAACGUGGCUUCGCUGAUUUCAUCUUUGCCCACGUAAUCUUGCAUUUGGUUGUAAUGAAUUUUAUUGGCUAAAAUAAAUAUAUAUGUAGUCAUA